CCCCUGCUGGCUCAGGGACGUAUAAAGGGCUUGUUUCCCGGUUGAAAGAGCGGUAGGGAAUUUUCUGCUGCACACUGGUCAUGAGCUCUGCCCUCCUGCUGGCCCUCCUGGGGGUCACCUUCACGCUGCCAGGAGUGCAGGCCCUGCUCUGCCAGUCGCUGACACAAAUGUCUGUGUACAACGUGUCGGACCUGCCCCACCAGUGGAUAGUCGCUGAACAGAAAGAAUGUGACCGCAGCUGGGGUUGCCAAGACACGCUGAUGAUCAUUGAGAAUGGACCACAGGUGUUGGUGGUGAUCAGCAAGGGCUGCACUCAGGAUGAGGACCACAAGGUUCGUGUCACCGAGCACAGGAAAGACCCUGGCCUCUCUGUCAUCUCCUACACCCACGGGUGCCGCCAGAAGGACCUCUGCAAUGACCUCUCCAACAGCAUGCUGGUCUGGGCCCCGCCCCUCCAAACAGCCCCAGGGUCCUUGCGGUGCCCAGUCUGCUUUUCUACAGACAGCUGUGUGGGGGCUGGGACAGAGGUCUGUCCCCAGGGGAGCACACACUGCUACAAUGGAGUCCUCCGGCUCACAGGAGGGGACAUCUUCACCAAAAUGUACGUCCAGGGAUGCAUGGCCCAACCAAGCUGCAACCUGCUCAAUGGGACCCAGGACAUUGGGUCCAUAGAACUGAGGGAGAGCUGCGAUCUGAAAGAUUUUCUGACCUGUAAGCGCGGGCUCAAGGCUAUGAGUGGGAGCAACUUGACUCAUGAACCCGAGUACUGGGACCCAGAGUGGAUCGAGCUCUGCGAUGCUGGGCAGGUGUGUCAGGAGACGCUGCUGCUCAUAGACACAGGAACCAGGUCAGCCCUGUUGUGGAGCAAAGGCUGCGGCAGGGCUGGGGUUGAGGAAUCCCAGGCCACCUCCAUACAUGCCGGGCCCCCUGGGGUGUUCAUGGCCUCCUAUACCCACUUCUGCUCCUCCAACAUUUGCAACAAAGCCCACAGCAGCAGCGUCCUGCUGAAGUCCCUCCAUCAUCCAGCUGCCCCUGCCCUGGGAGACCUGCAGUGUCCUAGCUGUGUGAACAUCUCUGGAUCCUGCUCUGAGAACUCCACCAACAUUAAGUGUCCUAGUGGCACUACUCAUUGUUAUGAUGGUCACCUUCAUGUCAAGGGAGGUGAGUUGACCACCAAAGUGGGCAUUCAGGGCUGCGUGGCCCAACCUUCUACCUCCUUGCUGAGCCACACCAGGAACAUUGGGGUCUUUUCUGUCCAUGAGGAUGAACAGGAUAAUAAUGAUUCUAAUAGUAAUCGUCAACUCCAAAGUGGUGCUGCCCCUGCCGCCUCCCUCGCUCAGAUCGUGGGGCUGGGGCUAGCCCUAGCCUUUUGUUGUGGGGGGCUUUGUCUUUCCCGCUAACUCCAUUUCCCCCAUGAGUCUUAACCCCUGCUGACCACCCAAACCCCACCCUCCCUCUGACCCCACAAGCUAAUGGCCUUGGACAACAAAUUAUUUUUCCAUCCUCCCUGUGAAUUAUAGUCCCCCCAGCACCCAAACACGUGCUACCACCUGAUGAUAACAUAGGGAGGGCCUGGGAGCAGCUGAACUUGCCUUAUGGGAGAGGAGACAUUCAAGGAGCGGCCACAUGUAGCUAAUAAUAAA